UUUUAACUACCUAGCUACCACAGAAUUGAGAAUACCAUACACAUUCGACAGCACGAGAUCAACUACCUUAUAGCUCUUCCCAUUUGAGUGGAGUCUUUUGUUUUUUGUUUUUUUUUUCCUCUCAUCAUGGAAAAUCAAAACCAGAAGAAACCCAGAGUUCUAUGCAUCCACGGAUUCAGAACGAGCAGCGAAAUCCUCAAAAGGAUGCUUCAGAAACGAUGGCCCGAGACUGUGCUUCAAAAGCUGGAUUUGGUUUUCCUCGACGCCCCAUUCCCAGCCCAUGGAAAGUCGGAUGUUGAAGGCAUUUUUGAUCCUCCUUACUACGAGUGGUUUCAAGGCAACCAGGAUUUUACUGAGUAUAAGAAUUUCGAAGAAUGUUUAAAGUACAUAGAGGAUUACAUGGUUAAGAAUGGUCCUUUUGAUGGAUUUUUGGGGUUCUCUCAAGGUGCCAUUUUGAUCGCGGCUUUGCCUGGGAUGCAAAAUGAGGGAGUCGCUCUUACAAAGGUACCAAAGAUUAAAUUUUUGAUAAUAAUAUCAGGAGAUAAGUUUGGAGGAGCCAAAUUUACAGCUCCUAGGCUGGCUGCUAAUGCAUUUUCUUCUCCUAUUGAGUGCCCUUCUCUCCACUUUAUAGGAGAGCUGGACUUUUUGAAGCCAGGGGGCACAGUAUUAGUGGAAUCAUUUUUGGACCCAGUUGUUAUUCAUCACCCAAAGGGGCACGUUAUUCCGAGACUUGAUGAAAAGGAAACGGAAGUUGUGCUUGAAUUCAUUGAAAAGAUUCAGAAUUCGACAUAGCGCAUUCACUACAGUUUCUCUGGCCAUGUGGAGCUAGAACUUUAUUUUUUAUUUUUAUUUAUUUAUUUUAGGAGCAUGACUUAAAUAAAAAUUUUCAAUUAAAAUUCCAAUGCAAUAAUCUUUUGGGAACUUCUACGGUAGGAUCAAUCUUUUUUAACUACUUGUAAAUACCGUUAUUUUAACCCUUAGAUUAUGAUUUCAAUGGUUUGAUUGGUUAGUGUCCACGUCUUUACACAAUGCCACACAAAACUACUAUAUCACACAUUAAACGGUUGAAAAUUUAUGGUAAAAACAACGGUAUUUACCGGGUAGUUAAAAAUGAUAGGUCCU